AUGAGGUUGUUCGAUCCAUGGCCGGUGUUCUUCAAGAGGGAAUGGAAACGUUGCUGGCCAUUCAUCACCGGUUUCGCCGUCACCGGCGUCCUAAUCACCAAGUUAACCGCCGGACUCACUGGUAAGUCGUCGGAUCCCAACGAUCUUCUCUUCAAUGAUGAAGUUCAAAAUUUCUUUCUCCCCUUCGUUUUGUGUUAA